UGUCGUUCUUAGCUGCCAGUGGUGUUUUAUUUCACAUGUACAUUAACCGGCGUCUCAAAACUGGACCAGGAUCAGUCAGUGUCCACCACCGACUAACUGGAAAAGAAAUGCUGGACAUUACUUCACAAACUCUCUCUCACAUCUCAAAAACUGUGAAAUGGAACAACGAUAAAAGCCAGCUUUGAGUCAGUAUAUCCUAAAUCAACGGUUGUAUUGCGUUUUAUUGAGCUGCGACGGCGCUGGACGACAGGACGAGUGUGUAUGAAAAGUGAAAGACAAGCAGCGGUUCGUCGUGAGCGCGAGGGGUUUCCAGGAGAACGGGGGCGUCCCGCUGCUCGUGACGCGGAGAAGAAAGGAGCCUCGCGCUGCGCCGACGAGGGAGAAACCGCGCGGGAAAAGCCGCGUUCCACCGUCUCAAAGACGCUCGAGGUGAAAUGAAGGGCGUCUUAUUAGCGCUACAGCAACCAAACUGAAGAGCUUGAGCGAAUGGAGAAGAGCGUGCGACAAACACAGCGAGUCAAGGAUGUGUAGCGGGACACGGCGAGGAAGAGCCGCCUGAUCCUCUCCGUAACGGCCCACCACUCUGCGAUGGAGAAGUAUGAGAAGCUGGCCAAGAUUGGGGAAGGCUCCUACGGAGUGGUCUUCAAAUGUCGCCACCGAGACACGGGACAGAUCGUCGCCAUCAAGAAGUUUGUGGAGUCCGAGGAUGACCCGGUCAUCAAGAAAAUUGCGAUGAGGGAAAUCCGCAUGCUAAAGCAGCUGAAGCACGUCAAUCUGGUCAAUCUUCUGGAGGUGUUCAGGAGGAAACGGCGACUCCACCUUGUCUUCGAGUUCUGCGAGCAAACCGUUCUCAAUGAGCUGGACAAAUAUCCACGAGGGAUGCCUGAAGCUCAUCUGAAGAGUAUCGUUUGGCAGACGCUGCAGGCUGUCAACUUCUGUCAUAAACACAACUGUAUCCACCGUGAUGUGAAGCCUGAAAACAUCCUCCUGACCAAGACUGGGGUCAUCAAGUUGUGCGACUUUGGCUUUGCCAGGAUACUCACAGGUCCAGGGGACGACUAUACAGACUACGUGGCAACACGCUGGUACAGGGCCCCAGAGCUGCUUGUGGGGGACACUCAGUAUGGUCCACCAGUGGACGUGUGGGCCCUCGGCUGCGUCUUUGCUGAGCUUCUACAUGGAAACCCGCUCUGGCCGGGGAGGUCCGACGUGGACCAGCUGUACCUAAUCCGCAAAACCCUAGGUGAUCUAAUCCCCCGCCAUCAGCAGGUGUUUCGCUCCAAUGUCUUCUUCAGUGGUGUCAGUAUCCCUGAGCCAGACACCAUGGAACCCUUGGAAAAGCGAUUUCAUGAUGUGGCUCCCCAGGGUCUCAUGGUUUUGAAGUCCUGCCUGAUCAUGGACCCCUCCCUGCGGCUGUCCUGCGAGGAGUUGCUGGAGCUCCCGUACUUCCAGGAGGAAGGAGGUGGCAGCUGGGGGCGUGAGGGAGAACGUCCAGGAAGGCGGCACGACAAGGGACUGAGACGAAGGCAAGCUGGGCCACAGUACCUGCCCCAGCUGCCCAACAGUAAUGUCUCUCCUGUUCCCGAGGUUAAGAAGCAUGUUAAACACAGAUACGACCACCACCUGCCCAACAUCUAGACAGACAGAAGUCACUGAAAAGGAAGAGGGUUGCAGCAGUCCCAAACCUGGCCUAGAUUCACUGGGCAAUAGGAGUACACCCUGGAUGGGAUGCCAUUCCAUCGCAGAG